AAAAUCGGCAGCAGCAUGGCAGCAACAACAACAGCGACAACGACAACGACGACUCCUCCAGCAGAUCAGCGAAAUGUGGAGAUUAAGGCGAGGAUACCCGGCGGAUCUGAGGACUUUGCACGCCGCCUGGACAUAGCCAAGCAGCUGACUGGCAGCCCAACAGGCGAGCUCCUCGUGCAGCGGGAUGUCUUCUUCAAUUCGCCACUGGGUGGACGGCUGAAGCUGCGCUACCUGCAGCCACCGGCACGCUCCCAGCUGGUCUACUACAAUCGUCCCGAUGUCGCCGGUCCCAAGUUGUCCAGCUUCAACAAGCUGGAGAUAGACGAGCCAGCGGUGCUCGAGAAAAUACUCAGCCAGACGAACGGCAUCCAGGGCGAGUUGGCCAAAACGCGGCAUUUGUUCAUGCACGAACAGACGCGCAUCCAUCUGGACGAGGUGCGGGAUUUGGGCUACUUCAUGGAGUUCGAGGUGUGUCUGCGCGCGGAGCAAACACUCGAGGAGGGUCAGGCGGUGGCCGAGCAGCUGGCGGAGACUUUUGGCAUUCAGAAAGCGGAUUUAAUGAGCGGCUCCUACUUCGAUGCGCUGAGCAGUGGAAAAUGA